GACAUCUUUGAUAUGUUUUUUGGAGGAGGAGAAAGGAUGCAGAGAGAAAGGAGAGGUAAAAAUGUGGUACAUCAGCUCUCAGUUACCUUAGAAGAUUUAUAUAACGGUGCCACAAGAAAACUGGCUCUGCAAAAGAAUGUGAUUUGCGACAAAUGUGAAGGCCGAGGUGGCAUAAAAGGAGCAGUAGAGUGCUGUCCCAAUUGCCGAGGUACUGGAAUGCAAAUAAGAAUUCAUCAGAUAGGACCUGGAAUGGUUCAGCAAAUUCAGUCUGUGUGCAUGGAGUGCCAGGGCCAUGGAGAACGGAUCAGUCCUAAAGAUAGAUGUAAAAGCUGCAGUGGAAGGAAGAUAGUUCAAGAGAAGAUUCUGGAAGUUCAUAUUGACAAAGGCAUGAAAGAUGGCCAGAAGAUAACAUUCCAUGGUGAAAGAGACCAAGAACCAGGAUUGGAGCCAGGAGAUAUUAUCAAAGUGUCUGUCCUUCAAAAGAUUAUAUUCUAG